AUGUCUACCCAAAGCGCGCAAACCGCGCACACACCCCCUCCCCAGUCCCAGGCCUCCGUUGCCAGUGUUCUUGACAAUCCGGGUGGCACUGCCCAAUCUCACCCUCCUCCUCAACCGACUCCGCGUAAGUCGAAACCUGGAAGCAACCUGGUUAGCCACGCCAACUACAAAGAAGACACCAAGCAGGACAACAAACAAAAUCGCAGCAUUUGGUUCGAGAUGGCAGAAAAUGGCUUUGCGGGCAUGCUGGAACCGAUGGAACUACUUGAAGACUACAUGCUCACCGCGGAAUCGACCAAUGCAGAGACGAAGGCCGUCACCGCUAUGGUUAAUCAAGCCCGACGCCGCCUCAACGCUGCGAUUGAUAUCUACAACGGGCGUGAUACCAGCAACCCAAGGAGGAACAACGAGAAGCUUAUGAUUCCAUCUUUCAUAACAUAUCUCGAGGCUUUGGUGGAGAAGUUUCCCGAGGACAUUAGGCCUCUUAUCAUCGACUCUCAGUACCGAAACAUUCCGCCUCUCGAUGAGAACGACCACGACAUCAAACCUGACGUGCUCUCGACUUACCCGGGCGUGUCACCCCCUGAGCCAGGGAAACCGUGGACGUGGCCCGCAAUCGGUACCGACUUUGAGUUCAAAGACAAUCUUGACAUAUUCGACGAUGCCACCGGGGAAAUCCGCAAGCUCAAACCCAGAAAACCGGAAGAUUCUGUCAAAAUCCAAAAGGUCGAAGAGGCCCUCGUGCAGAUCGUCAAGAGCGGUCGCAGCUUACUGAUGAGCUCGGGGCGCUGCUAUUCGUGGGUUAUAGCGAUGUACAAGCACGACAUGGCGCGCAUAUUCUGCUUCGACCGCACUGGAUUCGUUGUGUCGAAGGGCUUCGAAUGGUUAGUCGAAGGAAAUCUGCGCAUUAUUCCCACUUUCAUGUACCGACUCUAUCACCCAGCUGGCCAUCCUGGUCGCAUCGACGGGGACGACUUCACCAUUUCGCGGCCCCUUAAAGACAACACUCUCAAAUCGCGUAUCUACGAAGCGCUUUGCCGCAACUCCUUUUAUGCCGAGAUGUUCUCUACUUGCGCGAGCGCUACCGAUUCUACUAUUAGCAUCAAAGCUUCCCGCCGAGACGCUGAUGGUCUUUCACAACCCGUCACGUGUUACACCAUUGGAGAUAUCCUCUGGGUCUCCGACGGGCUUUUCGGUCGAGCCACGCGUGUCUAUCGCGUGAUCUUAGCAGAGGAUCUAGACGAAGAAAACCCGCAAAUAUAUGCUUUGAAGGACGCCUGGAGAGAGGCUUGUCGUCGUCCCGAAGUCGACUACUACGACUUUAUUGCCAAGUGCUCCAUAGGCAAGGACGACGCUGAUGGCAUGGCUACCUGCCAUGGAAGUGUCGAUUUGGGAGCACCCGACUGCGACAUCGACGCGGAGGGUAGCAUUCAGCGCACCCGCAUCGUCCCUCACCCUCUGAAGGCAGACGUUAACUGCCGUAUUCAUGUCCGGUCCCUGAUAACGCCGGUCGGCCGGCCUUUGCGCGAGUUCCCUUCGACUGAAGCGCUGUGUUGGGCACUGUACCGAGUUGUCCAGCACCACUUUCUUGCCUUCCAAGCUGGCGUUCUCCAUCGUGAUAUCAGCGAAGGCAAUGUCAUGUUCGUGGAGGACACUCCCGAGGGCCAGAUGCCUCAAGGGUUCUUACUCGACUGGGACUAUGCCGAGUUCACAGAAGAAGGCGCGGAGAGGUUCAAUGAGAUGUUUGAAGGUCGCGGGCAUGUCAUCUUGGAAGACGUCGAGAAGGCCUUGAAGGACAUGACGGGCACUCGUCCAUUCAUGGCUAUCGAGCUGAUCGGGGCCGCUAUCAAACACGCUGCAUAUCACGACUUGGAGUCGGUGUAUUGGCUUUUGACGUGGAUGGUUCUCCGCCACACAGCCCACAAUGACCCCGUCGGCGCACUAGCAUGUGGGCGGCUUUUUGACCCGCAAGGUGUGAAGACUAAGCAGGGCCAUCUUCAAGACGAUGAUCCUAUCGACGACGAAAAGAACCAGGCGCUCUACAUGCUUUCCGCGAAUCUCCGGCGUGUGGUUGGUGACCAAAACCCUAAGAUCGUUGCGAAGAAGAACAAAUACUUGGUUGACGAUCACGUGCCCAUUGUGUCACACAAAAUGGACCACCCACAUGUCUUGUGGAUUUUCAAGAAAUGUGUUGCUGAUCAGCGUUGGCCACCCAGUGGAAGCGACCCCGCCAUUCCUUUUGUGCUGCCUUCAAAGGAGGACGAGGCCAAAACUAUCAACGGCACUGAUCGUUCCACUUUCAAAUCGACGGGUACAAAACGGACACUCUCCGACAACCAUGAUGAGGGGGAGGAAACACUGAGCAAAAGGUUCAAGCCUGAUGCAGCAGCGAGCGAGAGUGCUGGUGCUAGCGCUUCUCGUCCCAAGACCCGUGGUCAAUCUCGCGCAGCCACGGGCAAAGGGCAAGCGGCCGAUUCAAAGGAGUCUGGCCAGAGUCGCAGUGGCAAAGGAAGUCGCAGUCGGCGUACAUAG